GUUGUGUCAUUGUUGACAUGUUGCUAACUUAACGGCUGGUCCACCGUGAGUCUCGUGAAUGAAUGACAUCAUGCUGUCGGUCUCCUUCUGCGACAUGACACCUGCAGACUCUAACGGUGUAGAGUGAUGCAGCAGAAGUUGUGCUCCAGAGGUUCUGGUUCUUUCCUUUCGGAGAGGAACGGCCAGGCUUGCGGCGCCUCCUCCUCCUCCGGCUGCGACCUCCCCUUCCGCUGCCCCCGCUGUGGAGAGCAGGAGCGUUUCCGCAGCCUGGCCUCGCUCCGAGCCCACCUGGAGUACCGCCACUCGUACUGCUCGCCAGACGUGACCAGUGGCGGCUUCAGCAUCACCGGGAAACUCCCCGACCCGUUGACGGCGGCGAUCCCCUGGCACGACAUGAGCCUCCCGACCCGCAGGGGGCAGCAUAGCUCGGCAAGACCCCCUCACGUUCGAUCCCUCAGCGACAGCAGAGACAGCGGGUUCCUCCCCUCCUACGGCUCUGUGAGGAGGCGAACCCAGAGCGUAGGUGUGGGAACGCAGGCCGAGGAGGAGGAGGAUGAUGAUGAGGAGGAGGAAAAUGAAGAGGAGUUUGGGACAGAUGAGGACGAUGUGGGAGAAGAUGAUGAGGACGAAAGUGAAGAGAAAAAUGGAGGAAGAAAUGAUAGAGAUGUUAAAAUGUCCAUCAAAAAGUCACACACUUGCCCCCAUCACCUGAACCACCACCACCACCAGUUUCCUCCUCCUGCUCCUCUCGCCCCCCCGCCUUACCCGGACCUGGGCCUCAACCUGGAGCUGGUCGAUCACAAGUCAUACUCUGGUUUGGAGACGGCAGCAGCGACGGCCGCUGUGCGUCGACGGCUGGCGAGCCUCCUACGCGCCGCCGACAGCACCAUGCAGCGCCGCCUCGCCAAGGUGAGCACGGAGCUGGCUCAGACCGACACGGAGUUGCUGUGUGAGCGCGCCCACUCGCAGCACCUUGCCCAGGAGAGGCAGGAAGUGGCGGACAGGGAGCGGUCGCUAAGCCGACAGGUGGACGUGGCCGUCAUGGUGAUCGCUGCGCUGAGGGAGCAGCUCAACGCCUCGGAGAACGAACUGGAGCGACAAGAGAGGGAGGUGAUAACGAUCCAGAAGUUUCUGGAAGCGGCUGCUCGACAGGAGACGUGCGGUAAAGUCCGGAUCCAGCACUUCAUCGAGAAUCUGCUGAGACGCAUCGCUCUGGCAGAGAGGCUGGUGGAGUAUUACCAGGAGAACGGCAGCCCGCAGCAGUGCAGCCACUACAAGUACCAGCAGCCCAGUGAUAACACACCUCACAGGAUCACUAAAAGCAGGUCAGCGGGGGGUCAGCUGUCCUCCUCCGGUCUCCACGACCACAGGACCCACUCCCACUCCUCGUCGUCGCAGUUCGGCGGCCGUCCUCUGUUCUCCAAAGCAGGGGGGGCGGAGCGGGAACACCGGGAGCGCCUGGCUCAGUCGUCCCGGCUCUUCUGCCGACCGGAACACCGAGACGACAUCUGGAACCACCAGCGGCGCCGCUCGGCCGGGUACGAGACGUAGAACUGUAGAGGAACACCGGGGGGGAGGGCGCUGCCGGACGGUAAAACCUUAUUUAACAACGAAUCUAUUCCAGUGAGGUAACCUGUGGAAAAGUGCAGCGAGGUCACAUCAAGCUUCUUCUCCAUCUCAACUCUGAGGGGAUCUUUACUUAUCUAAUAACAUCUCCCUCAGCUAGUGCAGACAAUCAUUUAUGCUUAAUUACCUUUUAGUUUAAGCUAAAAUCUAGGUGUUAAGAAGGACAGGACUUAAAUGAUGUAGCUGUGUUGUAAAUCCUAUUUUGACUUGAAUUAAUGGCACAUUUGGAAAAAAUUCUAGUGAAUUUUCUGGAAAUUUUAGAAAGGAUUUGUUGAUCCACAGAGAAAUAAUCUCUCAAACGUUGAGAAUAUAUUAGUGAUAAGGUUAUUGUUCUUGGGCAGCUGCAUCAAAAACUAAAUGGCAUAACAUUUAUCGGUAUAAGUAUGUUUAAAAAUAAGGUACGAUAUGUAGAUUGUCCAUCUGAUCUGAAAAGUAUUCACUUUUUUUGUACACAUUCCAUUAAAUGUGUGUAUAGCUCGAUUCCAUCGCUCUCUUGCUCCUCAUAAUUUAUGCAAUUUUUAUUACAUUUUAUAAUAAAUCAAGCUAAGAAAGUUGGUCUAAAGUAUGAAUAAAUGAUUGAAACGCCUCAGGCUGCAUUACAGGGUCUCAGAACAUAAUGCAAUAAGAGAUAUUACUGCAUCGGCACACAACAAGCACAUGGUAGUCACUGUGCAGACUACUGUCUUAUUGCAUAAUACUUCCUGACUUUUCCAUAGAUUAUUAAACUGAAAUACUGUGAGGUUUGACACCGGGUGCUUUUUCAGCGGGAUGUAAGAGUGGGUAAACCUUCAGUAUUCAAACAUAUAAAUAGCGUCUGCUUCUCGUCUCAUCUGUCAGCACAAAUCUCAUAGUAAGUACAAUAAUCCCAGGCGUCAGUAACAUUCUGAAUCCUCUCCUCCCGUACGUAAGAAAACUUCAGGUAAAAACGUGCUUUUGUAUUCAUCUCCUGAUUUUAAGAUUUAUUUAUUGAAUGGAAACAAGUUGAUGGAGCGUCCUCUCCUCGGGUUCAAACUCUGCAUCGACACAUCAACGGCAGACCUGGGAUGAAUACACUCUGCAUUAAACUCUGGGCUUUUAUUUUGAAAAGACUUCAGAUGGCAGAUGGGUGGUGCUACAUCGGGACCAAUCCUGAUUAUUGUACAUCGAGAGAAAAGUUAAAUAUGUUGACAUACUGUAUUGUGAUAUUUAUACUUUCCGGUCCUGUGUAGCUAAUCACACCCCAUAAUCUCAAGUUGACUUUCUUUUUGUUUUGUAGGAUAUUAAACCAACUUUAAAUCACCUUUUUAGAUAAGCAAAUCUAUCAUAUCUAGAUUUAUACACCAGAUUUAUGCCGCCAUAAAUACUCCCCAGAGCACCACAUCUGGAUUAAUCCGCUGCAGAAAAUAGUCCCUUAUAAAUCUUACAAACUAAAUCAUACAACACUUUUCGAAUCCUAAAUACAAAAUGCUUUAAGUGGUUAAAGAAAGGAACAAAUACAAUCCACAACACAAGUUCAAAUUCUCAUAAAAUACCUAAAAGUAUUCAAAUGUUUUUUUGCAAUGCAUCAGUUCCUUCUGUUGUUUGAUAUGAAACCACUUAGGGUCAUCAUAACAUUUUUAAACGUUAUGUAUGGAGGUCAGAGAGUCACUAACACAGUGUUGGCUUUGGUCUUUUGAUGGGAUUUCUUGACUAUAAUACAACAUAAACAAAGUCAGUCGUUAUCAAAGUACAGCUUGGUGAUGAAAUGCAUCUGGAAGGUGUCUUUUAUCACUUUUUCGCAGAGCUAUUUAUGCAUAUAUUUCCCCCCAGAAAAGCUGAGUACAUGCAGGAGUAUUUGUCCCAGGUCUGCGGGGCGCCACACACAAACGAAUGUACUCCUGAGUGAACGUUUCGCUCACUCUGAAGAGAAGCCGUGCUUUAAGAGCGGCGCUCGCUCACACACAAACGGGUGGAGAUUCUCCGAUCACAAAUGAAUGACGUCGUAUCAACGCUUUCAUCCAAAGUGACUUACAGUGCCGUGAAUAACGCGUACAGUUACAUUUGCAGUAAUCUCUCCUUCCUCUCUCUGUUUACACCUCGUUUCUUUUGCACUCAUCCAAUGAUAAGAAUGUAAAUGUAACAGAAGGUAUUCAGUGUAACAUGUAUCCUUGCUGUCGUUGGUUUAGGUUUUGUCGUUAAUAGAUAUUUUGUAUACAAAGCUAUUAUGUGUCGUCAAGUGGAAGUAGUAGUCCUACAGUACUCUAACCUGGCUCAGUAUUUAUACCACGGAUAUUUCCCCCUCUGUCAUUUGUUAUUUACUCCACAGUUAGUAUGUUUGCCAAUUCUUUUAAGCCAAACUUGUGCUGUCCAUUGAGAGAACCAAGUCAGAUGAUAUAUUAUGUAUUAUCUAUUAGAUAACUACUUCAUGAGUUUUCAAAUGCUGAGGGUACGUGUUAGUUUUGCCAGAUUUACUCUCCCGUUUCUUUUCACCUUAUCCGGAAACAUUUGGACAAUUUCCCAAAUGAUAUUGCAGAGAUCCGUCGCACUUUGUGAAUUCAGGCACUGCUGAUCGAAGGCCGAGUGUUACUGCUGCUGUCGUGAAACCCUGUUUCUGAAAUACUUUUCCGUUUGCACAAAGAAAGAGUCAUCAUCCAAACGCUCUUUCUUUUCUUUCCGCAGACUUGAGGCAUGCACGGUGAAUACAUGACAAACUAGCAGGGAAAUAUACAAUGGCUAAGGAUGUUGGUUUUUAGAAAGGGUGUUAGUAGAGAGGUGUAAUACUCCAAGAAGAAGUCAGAACUUUAUAGAUUAAAGAAGUGAACUUACAUUAAAACCCUUUACAUUGGAUUAAAUAAAUAUCACAUUUUGGAGAAAAAACAUGAUUAUAUUCUGACAUGAUGAAGUCAGGGAAGGUGGUUUCUUUAUUUUUGUCUAAACUACCGCUUGGAUUUGCAAUUUCAGAGACAACUUUCCUCCUAAUUUUAAAGGUUCUUCUCGUAAAUUGGUCAAUCAAGGGAAUGUGUUAUUUUCUUAUCAAUUUAUGACUUUCAUCUCAAAACAAUUCCAGGUUUUUUCUCACAGAAUGUGUGAGUUGUUAUUGGUUGCUUUUCCCUAAAUGCUACUCUACUCUAUACGCUCCGUUAUCGUUUACACCUACAAUAUCACCGUAGUAGAAAUUUGCAUUCCCCAGAUGUCUCUAAUCCUGGACUCAAAUUAAGGAUCCUAUCCUGGUUUACACAAAAUAUGAAACACGUUCCUCUUUUUACGUUUGCCUCAGAAAGUCAACUGUUGGUUUAAGUGAACUUAGCAAUAUGCACUUCCCCUCUGAUUGCAGAUGUUGUGGGUUUUUCUGCAGACAACAGCAUAACUCUUGUGUGUGAUGAGUGUGUGUGGACGAGUGUGUGAUUUCUGGCGCUCGGUUAUAGGUAAUAUGGUUGAAGAUGCAUGAGGAAGCCCUACUACUACUACUACUACUACUACUACAUAUGUAGCUGUUGUGUUACUGUGAAAGCAUGCUUCUUAUGUAGCAAAAAAGCAAAGUACUUUUAAAGUAAAAUACUGUUAUCUUGUACUACUAUGUGUACUUUUGUAGCAGAGCGAGGUCUAUUUUAAUGGUACAGUAUUUGAAGGGAAGUUGCACUAAACCAACAAAGAGCACUUAGCGUGGAGCUGUUGGAUUUUAAUACGAAGGUAGUGUCGUAAAGCGGACAAUCAUCAGGGUUCCUGCUCAGCGUUCGGAGGGAAACGUGCUCUGAGAAAGCAGCUGGAGAUGUGGGUGAAAACAUAACCUAACAAGUAUUAUACCUGCAGUAAAUGUUAGUUUGAUUCUGACACUACUACCUUUCAGGCCGUGAGUCGGUAGAGAUUAAAGUUAGUUUUUAUGUUGUGUACAAAAGAUGUUUCUGCGCCACGUUUUAAUAUCCUCGAGUUCAUCCUGUUUGUCCGUAGGGAUUUCGUUUUGCAGAAGUGAUCUCUAGUUUUGUGCCUUCACUGAGAAACUCUGUCGUCUGUAUAACACUGUGCAAAAUGCAAUACUGUGAAGAACUGGAAAACUUUUUAUGUUCGUCGGUCAGUGUGAAAUCCAUCGAAGAUUAAAGAACAUGACAGCAA